CUGUGCUGCAGCUUUAGCGCCUAGCAACCAGCCUAGUGCUCCAUUUCAGUUUGGCCUCAUAGGCAGGUCAGAUGGAUACCUGGAUUUCUUGGCAGACUUUAGGGAAUACAGUGUGAUAUAUAUAUAUUUGGAUUUCCAACCAGCAGUUGUAGUUCUGCUACAUCUUCCUUUUUCCCAUCCCUUUUUUUAGGAUUUAAACAUUUCUCUCCGCCUGUAGCCAGAACACAGACCUCAUUCUUUCUCUACAUCUUUUUCUGGAUGCUCAUGAGCUCAUGCUCCCUGAAGGGGGGACCAGGUGGAAGAAAUGUGAUCCUGUGUUUUGUGGAGUGUUUGGGGCAGCAGUAGAUGUGUGUGGUUUCCAUGGAAAAGGCACAAGAAAAAUGGAGUCGAGGGGCUGCGUGAGUGCUCUAGCCCUAUGUCUCUUGUCCAAGUGAAAUCGAAGCCGGCUUGUGUAGCACUGCAAGCUCCGCCCUGGAACUCCUUGUUCAAACUCUUCUCGUGUGUAACCACAAGGAACUUUCAAAGGACUAAAGAGGUCCCCACAUUUCAAGAGAAGACGAAAGCCUUAUUUGGAAAUCUUAUGGACGAAGAAAUGAGUCGCCAGACUGCCACCGCGCUGCCCACAGGAACCUCCAAGUGCCCCCCCUCUCAGCGCGUGCCCACCCUGUCAGGCACCACCGCCUCCAACAGUGACCUGGCCAGCCUGUUCGAGUGCCCUGUCUGCUUUGACUAUGUCCUACCCCCCAUACUGCAGUGCCAGUCCGGACACCUGGUAUGCUCCAACUGCCGGCCCAAACUCACCUGCUGCCCAACCUGCCGAGGCCCUCUGGGCUCCAUCAGGAAUCUGGCCAUGGAGAAGGUGGCCAACUCAGUCCUCUUCCCCUGCAAGUACGCCUCGUCGGGCUGUGAAGUCACCCUGCCUCACACUGACAAGACAGAGCACGAAGAGCUGUGCGAGUUCCGGCCGUACUCGUGCCCCUGUCCAGGAGCAUCCUGCAAGUGGCAGGGCUCACUUGAUGCUGUGAUGCCUCACCUGAUGCACCAACACAAGUCUAUCACCACACUGCAGGGGGAGGACAUCGUGUUUCUGGCCACAGACAUCAACCUGCCAGGCGCCGUGGACUGGGUGAUGAUGCAGUCCUGCUUCGGCUUCCACUUCAUGCUGGUCCUAGAGAAGCAGGAGAAAUACGACGGCCACCAACAGUUCUUCGCCAUUGUGCAACUCAUCGGGACUCGCAAGCAGGCUGAGAACUUUGCCUACCGGCUGGAGCUCAAUGGGCACCGGCGCCGCCUAACCUGGGAGGCCACACCGCGCUCCAUUCACGAGGGCAUCGCCACAGCCAUCAUGAACAGCGACUGCCUGGUGUUCGACACAUCCAUCGCACAGCUGUUUGCAGAGAAUGGCAACCUUGGCAUUAACGUCACCAUCUCCAUGUGCUAAGAACUUUUCAACAGAAGAGGGUCAAAAAGUUACAGACUGUGUCUGGGGGCUUUUAGAGGGUCAAAUCAGUUGUGACCUCACAGUGCCCCCCUCCCCUCUCUGCUCACCCCUUGAGAUGUGGAACUCGACUGUCUGAUCAGACAGCUGUGGAGACUCAGGGGGUGGGAUGGAUGGAUGAAUGGAUAAUUGGAUGAAUGGUUGGAUGAGUGGAGGAAUAAUUAUAAACAUGGAAAUAACUGUGUAGUGACGGCUAUAGACUUCUAAACACACAAACGUUUCUGUGAGACUCAUGCACACACAUGCAGUCUUGCAGUCUUUUGGUCAUAAACACAGACACUAACUGAAAAGCUGUUCAGCCCCCUCCCCUCCUGUUAUCAGUGUCUUUCUCUUGCCCUCACACGUUUCAGCAGCCUCUGCAGCCUCCUCCGUGAGACUAGAGGCUCAUCACUCAAGCUAUACUUUAACACGGACUCCUGGUCAGUGCGGGGUAGCUAGCCAGCUAUCUAGUGCACCCCCUGAAGAAUUCCUGCUGCUUGUAAUCCACCUCAGUACCCUCUAGACCUCCUGGAUUAAACCAUUGAAACUCUGCCGACGCUGCACAUACGAGCUGUGGGCUGGCUUCUCCGAACUGGGCAUCUUCAUGUAUUGGCCCACUCACAGUGGAACCGGGGCUAUGAAGUUCCUAGCGACAGAUUAGGAAACAUGUCUCCAUCUCUGACAGAUGUGGUCUCCACUACUGGACCAUCACCUAUAGACAUCGAUGGCUGUAGCACCAACUCAACCACAGACACAGUCAUGUCCAGGAUGACUGCAGUGAAUGAACUGUCUAUCCAACAUCCCAUGCAUCUGGUCUCCUUCCAGCCCACAUCUGGUCCACAUGGGUUCAUUCGAGGCUAAAGAUUGUGCAUCGGACGCUCUUUAAAUAGUUGACCGUUGUCUUUGAUAGUUCUUAGAACAGACUCUGCUCUCAUACUGUAUGGACUUAAGAAGGCCAGCAGCUACGUUGGCCCUGGAUGUGUGUGUUUUUUUUUUGUUUUUUUUUAAAUCUUCAUUUUUAUGGAGUGGACACAAACAAUGGAGGUCUCACACACUAAACACACACCUGUUCUUUGCAUUACAGGCAGUGUGUGCAAGCGUAACUAUGGAUAAAUUAACUGUACGUCAGAGCAUUUUCAACUUUGUUUUUCAGAGGAAAAGAAAUACACUGCAUUUCAGUUGAGUCACAGUUUUCUUUUGGGUUUAUUUCGUUACUAUGUUAUUUCUUUAUAAUUAUAUUAGUUUUUUUUGUAUGUGAGGAAAGAAGAACUCCUGUUAUUUGUAUGUAUGUCUGUGACUGUGUGAAUGUGUGAGAUGAACAUGUGGUAAAAAGCCCGCUCACUUCCUCCUGUCUCCUCUCCACUCUCCUCUUUUCAUUUCUCUGCUUCUGUCUCGCUCUGUCUGCCAGUGUCGGCCUCAACCACUGAUUGACUGAUCACCCAACCAGGAAAGAGGGACAGUUUCUACGGUUACAAUGUUGCUAUUGUUAUUAUUAAAUGGAGAUUAUCAGAAUUAUCAUUUUUUGUAACGACUUUUAAAAACAAAAAUUAAAGGCUGUAAAAUGUGUGGCUAAACUUCAGUGUUUGUAGUUAAAAAGCAAGUUGUCGUUCAUCUGAAGGGUUGUUUUUUUCCCAACUGGAUUGUUUUCUCCUCACCUAUUCGUCUCUGUCUUCUUGUUUGUGUGGUAAGUCUUUUCUUUUCCUUUUUUUUGUCUCAGAGGAGGGAGGGAGAUCAAGCCAAUCAUCUCUCCCUUUCUCGUCAUGUGGAGUCUCAGUAAUGUUGCUGCUCCUUCUCAACUCCUUGACUCUUUCUGUUUUACUUUGUCAUUAAAUAAAUCUAUCUUUUUCAUA